AGGAACGCGCAGUAACUUACCUUUCACUCUUCUCCUCCCUUUUUACCUGGAGGAACAGCAGGAGUUCAACAUAAACAGCAGAAAUAAAGUUUUAAAGAUGGCGUGUGGUGGAUUUGUUUGUUCGAAAUACACUCUUUGCGCGUUGAACAUUCUUUAUAUGUUGGUGAGUUUGCUCUUAAUAGCAGGGGCAGCCUGGGGCAAAUGGGUCGAUCUGGUCUCCAGCUUUCGUGUGGUCGCAGCCAUCAUCGCAGUGGGUGUCUUCCUCUUCUUGGUAGCAAUGCUGGGUCUAUGUGGAGCUAUGAAGCAUCACCAAGUCCUCUUGUUCUUUUACAUGUUCAUCCUUUUCAUGGUGUUCAUUGUGCAGUUCUCAGUGUCAUGUGCAAGCCUGGUCAUCAAUAAGAAACAGCAGGAAUCACUCCUGGAGAUCGGAUGGAAUAAGUCUGAGGCCGUGCAGCACGAUUUGGAGAGAUCAUUGGACUGCUGUGAUUUCUCUGAGGUCAACUACAAUGGAACAUGUGAAGCUAGAUGUUUUGGAGCUUACAAUUGCAAGCCUUGUUCAGUAAAAAUUCAGGAGUAUGCUGAUGAUGUACUGCAUUUUGUGGGAGGAGUGAGUUUGUUCUUCAGUUUCACAGAGAUCCUGGGUGUUUGGCUAACAUACAGAUAUAGGAAUCUAAAAGACCCUCGUUUAAAUCCUCGUGCGUUCCUUUAAGAAGGUUCUUAUUUUCAGUUUAUACAUGUUAAGAUGCUGCUCAAUAUUUAUAAUCACAGAGCAAACUGCUAUUUUACUGUGCUUGACUCCUAAUAUUUCCUCCUUGACUCCUGAUAUUUUACAUGAUGAAUCACAACAAAAUCUUUUUUGUUCACUUUUUUUGUGGUUAAACUGAAUACUGUGCAUUAUUUUUAAUCGUAACAGCUAUUGUUUUAGCAUUAGACUUUCAUUAGUGUUGGAAAUGUAACUCGUAAUUAUUUGUGCUUAAGUGUUCUACUGAAAAAUAUUUUUAAAUAGUCAUAAGGCAUAUCAGUGAAUUGGUUUAGAUCAACUAGCUAAAAACAAUCACAACAGUAAUUACAGAAUUGGAAAUGUGUGUGUUAUUACAAAUUAGACAAAUAAUGUUAUGAAAAUGUACACUCUCUGUAAAAAGCUAAUGAGACGACAUAAAAAGGAGGCGUUAAACUGGACUGACUUGAUAAACCAGUGAAACACCAAACUAAUAAUAACUGGUAAUGAAGGUAUAGUGAUGAAAGACUGACUGGUCUUUGUGAAGUCUAAAACUCAACACUUUAUUGAUUUGUAAAUUAAACCACAUGGAAAAACAAGUUUUUGUGCAGUUUUUUUCCCCCCUUUUGUGAUAACUGAAAGUGGAAACUGCUCAUUACCUUCUCAUCGUCAUACUUCCUCAACUUUUACUUGGCCAAGUUAGCACACAGGUAUUUGACCUCAGCCCAGAGACACACCAUCAGUGGCCACGUGGUUGCACUCUGAACAGGAUAUGAGCAGGAACUGCUACGUCAUUUAUUUGGAUAUGGUUGAGCCAUUGCACGGAGAUCUUACCCAACCAGAUAAACACAGAUGACUGCUGAAUGUGUCUACAGUGCUUUGUAUGAAGUAAUCUGUAUUACCCACAUGGAGGAGGAAAUUAACUUUUUUUGUAGGUAGAACUACAGGAAUGCCUAAUAGGCUGAGUUGUGAGUUGUGAUACACGUAUACUGUCACCUGCUGUUAAAAAUACAUUAGCUUUCUGUAAUGUCAUAGCAGGUUGCACACAUUGUUUAACUGGUUUUAAAAUGUGUACAAUAGUCAUGUUUACCUGUAUAGUAUUAUACCAAAUGUAGUGACCACUCUGAACAUAAAAGCCCCAUAAUGUCUUACAAAUUUAUUUUUCAGUUACUUUGUGUAAAUCUGUCACUUCUGAAUUACACUCAUUUUGAACAAUGA